GCAAAUAUCGUGUUAACGUUAAAAAAAAGCUGGGCGGUCCGGGUGUCAGUCCAUUUGCGUUCUUCCGGUGUGGGCGGAGCUUAGAUUCUGAGUACGUAGCACUGAUCGGUGUGCUCACUUUUACAACCCACCAGCAUUUGUAACGAUGGUCGCCAAACAGAGGAUUCGUAUGGCCAACGAGAAACACAGCAAAAACAUCACCCAGAGAGGCAACGUCAAAUCAUCAUCGAGAAAUGUCAGUGAUGAUAAGGUUUCGGUGGGACCGUGGCUCUUGGCGCUCUUCAUCUUUGUUGUCUGCGGUUCAGCAAUAUUCCAGAUCAUUCAGAGCAUUCGAAUGGGCAUGUAAAGAGGACCAGUGAUGUCUCAAGUAUCCACUCCUUGCCAGUUCGAGGCUUUUUGCUGAUUUUCUUGAUUUAUCUUCUGAGGUGCAACAAUCCUGUCAUUCCUCUCUGGUGCCUUCUUAAUGAAGAAAAAUCAAAAAGCCAUAAAAUUGCAUUCCGAUCAAUUGUAAUGUUAUUUUCUGUCAAUCUACCUUGAUGUAAUGUAAAAAUCUUGAUAUGUCACAGCAGCGAUGUGAUUUUUGUAAUUCCUGAUUUCUCGUUCAUUCCUGAAAUAGUUGUGCAGAAAUGAUUUAAUGUCUUUUUGUUUGCUUUUUUGGACCCCCAAAACAGCCAUUUUGUAGUUUGCACAGGAUAAAGUAUUAUGAAUGAAAAGCCAGUCAGCAAAUCUAAAUCACAAAUGGAAAAAAUGUUUCUUGUCACACAUUGUAUAACUUUUCUUUUAAUUGUUUUCUUUGUAAUUUAAUAGCUGCCUCCUUCCUUCUUGAAUAUGGAACUUAACCUGAAUAAUUUAGUUCUCUGGCACAUAUUCUUGUCGUUGUGGUACUGUUUACCAUAAUAGAAUGAGGCUUAGCAACUCAGCUUUUUCACAACUGAUGAUGUUAUAUACUGUAUGCUAUGAUGGAGUGAAGAGGAAGAGGAAGAGGAAAAGAGCUGGACUAAAAUAAAAUGUUUAUAAAUGA